GACGUCGCAUAAAUGAAUCCAACUCACCUCACGCCACCCAAAGUUAUUGUCUGCUUUUGCGUUGCCUAUAAAAAUAAAAACUAAGUCCCCCAAAACCCAAUCAUAUCAUUUCAUUUCUUCCUUUGUCGUCCAUCCCGUAACCAUGUCUCAGACUGUUGUCCUCAAAGUUGGUAUGUCAUGUGAAGGAUGUGUUGGAGCAGUGAAGAGAGUUCUAGGAAAAUUGGAUGGUGUGGAAUCAUAUGACAUUGAUUUGAAGGAACAAAAGGUGGUAGUGAAAGGAAAUGUCCAGCCAGACACAGUUCUGCAGACCGUUUCCAAAACUGGGAAGAAGACUACCUUCUGGGAAGGUGAAGCAGCAGCAUCUGAAACUAGCACAGCAACUGCCUAAAACAUUUGCCUCUAUUCUGUGCAGAAGAAGUAGCUGUGUGAAUCAAAUACUAUUUGAUGGUCUUGAAAUAAUGAUGAAACUUUGUUAUCUGGUGUAUUUUAGUGUCAAAAAAAAGACUGAUGUAUAUUACUGCUUUUCACGUCAGUGAUACUGUAUUAAUGUGCUUUUAUUGAGAGUUUAACUUCCUUUGUCUUUGUUUAUUUUCUUUGUUCGGUUAAUCAAAUGUUUCUCUUAGAAUAUGUGUUUGGGUUCAACUUAAUCCAAAAGAGUUAGUUCAAAGGACGAGAAUUACUCCACUUAUAUAUUA